CAUUCUUUCAAAAGUUUCCUUUUUUCUUUCUUUUUAAUUUUCCGGAGUGGGUUUUGGGUUUAGGUUGCUUGUCUCAUACUUGUGCUGGAAAUGUGGUAUAACUAGUGAGAUUACGCGGAAGGGAAUUAGCAUCCCAGAAAGUGAAGCUGCAAAGGUAAAAGUGAAGCCACUGACAGAGUGAUAAGCCAAUAAAAAAUUGUUCGAGUCCAAACAAAGAUUCCCACUACGAACGACUUUGUUUGUUUGGCCUGCGUUCUCAGCCUCAGGUCUUAUCUAUAAAAUCAUCAUCUCUCUGCGACUUCGGUGUUUGGUGUGUCAGCUGAUUCUUGCAAGUAACUAUGAGCAGCUGAAUCUUAGUCAACACCAAGAUAUGGAGGUUGCUUUAGAGAAAAAAGACGCUGCUGAUUGGGUUUACAGAGGCGAAGGCGCUGCCAAUCUUGUUCUCGGUUACAGCGGAUCCGCCCCCGCUUUUAUUGGGAAAGUAAUGCGUCUACAGAAAGCUCCGAUUAAUGGGUCAAAGUCCAUGAACAGUCCCACUGAAUUAACCAUGCAUGAACGUCUUCUGUGGAAGGACACGGAGGACAUCGUAGCUACCUCUAACAAAGAACUUGCUUGCCAACUGUUUGUGAAGCACAUUAUGAGCCCUCUAUUGGGUUCCACGCACGUUGAUUCUGGGAUGCGUGUCCCUGCUUCCAAAGAAUUCUUGGAGUCGGUUGAGAAGAACAUAAUUUGUCAGCGUCCUGCUUCUCGAGUUGACGCUGCCAAAGUUGACACACAAUGUGAUUCUGUGCUUCUCAUGUCUGAUCAUUCUAUUUUUCCUCGUGGUACUCAAGAAGUUGAACCCUGUAUAUCUGUGGAGAUAAAGCCAAAAUGUGGAUUUCUGCCAUCUUCAAAGUUCAUUGAUGAAGGAAAUGCCAUUAAACGGAGCGUUACUCGUUUUCGGAUGCACCAAGCUCUGAAGUUGCAUCAAGGAGAGGUGUCAGAAUAUAGUGAAUAUAAUCCACUUGAUCUGUUCUCUGGAUCCAAGGACAGAAUACAUAAAGCUAUUAGGGAUCUCUUCUCAACCCCGCAGAAUAACUUCCGUGUAUUCUUGAAUGGUUCUCAAAUAUUUGGGGGCUUAGGUGGUGGUGCAGACAGUACCGAUUUUGUGACUCGGGGAAAAUUUGAAGAUGCACUCAAGUGUGUUAUUCAGGGAGGUGAUGGCUUGCGCACAAUGAGUUUUCUACUGCUUGUUGCUGAGACAGUUCAUAAAUCUGGAGUGUUGGAUCGGCUCCUUGAGGUCCAGAAACUUGAUAAUCUUGACAUUGAUGGGGCUAUCCAUGCGUAUUAUGACAUUGUUUCGGAGCCUUGCAGGGUAUGUAGAGCAUCCGGUAAAGAAAAAAUAUCACAGAGAUAUCUUUCAUUGCAUUCCAUCUCUUUGGAUGAAAGCUUGAAGAUUGUGAAGGAUUUUUUGAUAGCUGCUACUGCAAAGGACUGCAGUUUGAUGAUUAGUUUUAGACCAAGGAAAGAUGGGAAUCCUGGAUCUCCAUAUAAUAAUUUGUAUCUAGAUUCAACCAAGCAAUUUUUUGAUUACAAGGUGAAUUUCAUUGACCUGGAUUUGAAACAAUUGAAGAAAAUGGAAGAAUAUUAUGAGUUGGACAAAAAAAUAGUAACCUACUACAAUCGAAUGGUGGAAACUGAGGAAAGACAAAAGAAAAAUACAAGCACAAUGGCUCUUAGAACUGCAAAUUGAGAUUUGUUACAGUGCCAUGGAGGAUAGUUUACUUCAAAUUAUGAGUAAGUGCAAGUGGGUUGAUAUAUAGUAUUUUCUGUAAAUUAUUGUUGUUAAUAGCUGUAUUUGUUUGUAUACUUCUUGGCUUUUAGCCAUUAUUUCUUUGUUUCCUUUGUUUCUAUGAGGUUUUUGAUUUUUAAGGUUAGUAAUAUAAGCAAUUUAUUCCCAUCCCUCUUCCCCUUCUCUUCUUUGUGCCUAUGAUUUAUCAUAUAUAAGCUUUAUCUUAAGUGUAUGCAUGUGGUGUUUGGUUCUUCGUUUGCUUUGAAGAAUGUUGAAAUUCUUUUCUUUUUUAGUAACUGUUUUGAAAUAUGUCCUGGACUGCCGCUGCAUGCAUCAUCAGUCCAUGAAAAUUUUCUUUUGUAGAAUAGAUUAAGCUAUGGUAAUUUUUAUUCUGUAAGUCUGCAAAUGUUCGUGGGCAUCUCAUAAUUUUGUUUGAAUUUACCCAUUCAUUAGGAGGCAAAUGCAUUCAAUUUAGAUUGAGUUAUGCAUAUUUACUGCAACUUUCUAAUUGUAUUAGCAUAAACACGGCAUGCUGCUUUAGUCCUCACAUAGUUUUGUAGAGGCACAUAAUCAGUGUUUCAUGUUGUUAAUAAAGCUCAUGAAGACUAACGAGGGAAGUAGAGAAUGUGAUAAAAAAGAAAAAAAACCGUUGUAUAAGACUGAGAAGUUUAAUUGGAAAUGAGGAGAAACUGAUGAAACAUAAUUUCUGGGCUCUACAGGGAAAGUGAUGUAUCAACUAACUUCAAUGUGAUUCCAUCAAAAGCCCACAUGGCCUAUUAAUUCAGACAGCUGGAUUUUCAAAUUGUGGUAUUAGUACUAAUAUAAAGAAAAACAAAGGACCAGGGCAUCCAUGGUGUUUCCUAACCGAUAAUGCGUCUGUUUUAGCAACAGUAUUUUAGGGAAUCAAUGAAUUAUCUAAGUUUGAACAAGCGAUUUCUUGCAUAGGCAUUAAUCUAAAUUUCCAGUUUUUCUCAUCAGAAUUCUUUUUGCGCUUUCUUUAUGCUUCCUUAUAGUUCUUCAUAUUUUUCAAGUUUUCCAUUGCUGGUGCAGAUUUAUAUUUUGAUAUCCUUUAAUAAAUUGUCAGGUAAACGUAAGGAUCUUACAGUUUUGAUUUUCAACAAUGGAACCAAACACAUUUAGUUUUGAGCAGUAACUUAUGACAUUUUCCACUUGUCUGAUGUACAAAGUGUGAUUUGGAGUUUGUUUUGUAACUACAUUGCCAAACCACGAACAUUCAAAAGAAAUGACUUGGAAGAAUCAAUGAACCUGAUGCUGGAACAUGUUUCUAGACCAGGUGGUAAGACUAAUAUGGAAGGUUCUGUGAACUCUGGUUGUUCAGCUUUGAUAUUUUGAUCAGCAUAUAUGUGGAAUAUAAAGGCCGUGGGUUGGCUACAUCAUGUGCUGAACAAUGAGCUCCUGAGCUGUCUAUAGUAAACUGUAGUGUCAGUGGAACUGCUAAGUUCCAAGUGCAGGAAGAAGUUGAUGAAGUUAAUAGCAACGGUAGAAGGGAUAACUUCAAUUGUCCUCGACCCAUCAAAAAAUACGGUGACAGUAACUGGGGAUGCCGAUCCAGUAAAGGUUAUCAAGAAGGUGAGAAAAUUCAGAAAAUCUGCUUCAGUCGUGAGUAUAGGUCCUCCACCUCCACAGAGUGAGAAGAAGGAUGAGAAGAAAGACCUUGUUCCUUUUAACACCAAAGACAUGUCAGAGAUGGUGCGAUGUCUGGUAUGUGGUUGUUAAAGAUGGUUACAAUUAUUGUUCCAUAAUGUGUCAUCCUGAAACUUGUAUGAAUAAUACCCAGUUGUGUUUGUUUCAUGUUAAAUUCACUCAUUUCUGAGUUAAUAACAGAGAAAAAUGCAAAAAAAGAGGCUUUGGUUGUCAAUGUAAAUCUGUCUUUCAGCUG